UGCAUCGACUACCGGGCACUCAAUAAAAGCACCAUGAAGUUUCGCUACCCACUUCCCCUCGUGCCAGCGGCUUUGGAACACCUCCGCGGAGCCACCGUCUUCACCAAUUUGGACCUCCGCAGCGCGUAUAACCUCAUCCGUAUACGUGAGGGGGACGAGUGGAAGACCGCCUUUGUGACCCCUACUGGGCACUAUGAAUAUCUUGUCAUGCCGUAUGGACUGGUAAACGCCCCCUCCGUAUUCCAGGAUUUUAUGCACGAGGUACUCCAGGAGUAUCUGCACAGGUCCGUCCUCGUCUACAUGGAUGACAUGCUAAUCUACUCCCGGAGCAUGGCCGAACAUCGCCACCACGUUGCGGAGGUCCUAGAGCGCCUGAGAGAGUUCCAUCUGUUCCUCAAGGCCGAGAAGUGCUCCUUCCAUCAGUCCUCGGUUCAGUUCCUUGGUUAUGUCAUCAAUGACGGUGGUAUCCAGAUGGACGAGGGAAAGGUUGAGGCCAUCCGAAACUGGCCAGUUCCAACCACCGUCAAGAAACUCCAACGUUUCCUGGGAUUCGCAAACUUCUAUAGAAGAUUCAUGUCGAUGCCAUCAGAAACUGGCCAGUUCCAACCACCAUCAAGGAACUUCAAUGCUUCCUGGGAUUCUCGAACUUUUAUAGAAGAUUCAUCUACCACUACAGCUCCAUAA